CAUUUAUUGUUUUUCUCUGUCUGCUUAGGAGUUACUUCUCUUCUCUUUUCUUCUUGUACAAAUUAUUACUUGUAGUGUUUAAAAGGUAGAAGCAUCAUAGAUCGGAAUUAAUUUGCAUUCGUGUUUAGUUUUUGAAGCACAUCGAAUCCAUGGCGUCCAAAUUGGUGAUGAUCGUCGUCGUCGUUUUCGACAUUAUUGCUUUUGGCUUGGCGGUUGCUGCUGAGCAGCGUAGAAGCACUGCCACGACAACCAAAGAUUCAGAACAGAACUACAAUUAUUGUGUCUAUGACUCUGACAUCUCAACUGGGUAUGGUGUUGGAGCUUUCUUGUUUCUCAUGGCCAGUCAGGCAAUCAUAAUGGUAGCGAGUCGUUGUUUCUGUUGUGGAAAGGCUUUGAGUCCUGGGGGCUCCAGGGCUUGUGCACUUCUUCUUUUUGUAUUCUGCUGGGUGACAUUCUUGAUUGCUGAGGCAUGCCUGUUAGCUGGUUCAGUGAGGAAUGCUUAUCACACCAAGUAUACCACAAUUUUCAGUGAAAAUCCACCGUCUUGCCAGACAGUAAGGAAGGGUGUCUUUGCAGCUGGCGCAGCCUUCACUUUCUUCACUGGCAUACUAACUCCGUUCUACUACAUUUCCUAUUCCAAGUCCCGAGGAAGCUUUGCACCCUAUGGCGCUGGGGAAGCUGGUGUGGGACUUGGAAGCUACAAGUGAGGCCUUUCACUGCUGAUUCAUUGAUUAGUUAACUUUUGGAAGUGAAAUUUCGUAGUUAAAAUAGCUUUUAUUUUUUAUGGAUGUGUCACAAAUCUUUGGUCCUUGAUGCUUCUGGGAAAAAAUAAUGUCAAGAUAUAAGGAUAUGACUGGAUUUUUGUUUUGUGUCAAUAACAUUGCCUUGUUAUGUUCUCA